CGUGACGUCAGGCCGCCGUGGCCGUUAGAGCGAGGAAGAGAGCGAGAGAGUGAAGGAGAGGGAAAACGAGAGAUAUAGGGGCGGCUCGUACUGCGGCGGCGUACUGUACGUGCGCUGGUGGCGUCGCGAAGCGGUCAGUUCAGGGGUUCAAAGAGGAAAAACAUGGCGGAUAACAAAGGAGGCGGCGGCGGGGAGACGGACGGUUCUCUGAGCAGCAGCAGCAACAACAACAACAAUCAUGGCGCCGGGCAGAACGAGAGCCCUGCUGGUACCGAGGCCCAGGCGGUGGAGGAGGCGGAGACCGGGGACAAGGCCCCAGCUGCCCCUGCACCCGCCGUAGCGGCCCCGGCGGAGGAGAGUCCAGCCCCAUCGUCCUCUGCGCCGGCGGCGACCACGACGGCCUCCUCGGCUCCGUCCUCCUCCUCCACGGCGCCCGCCUUGCUCAACCUGCUGGAUACCUGCGCCGUGUGCAAGCUCAGCCUGCAGUGCCGGGAGUCUGAGCCCAAGCUGCUGCCCUGCCUGCACUCCUUCUGCCGCCGCUGCCUGCCGGAGCCCGAGCGCCAGCUCAGCGUCCCACUCCCCGGGGGCACCAACGGGGACAUCCAGCAAGUUGGUGUGAUAAGAUGUCCGGUUUGCAGACAGGAAUGUAGACAGAUAGAUUUAGUGGAUAAUUAUUUUGUGAAGGACACGUCUGAAUCUCCAAGCAGCACUGAUGAAAAGUCUGAGCAGGUUUGUACAAGCUGUGAAGAUAAUGCCAGUGCUGUUGGGUUUUGUGUGGAAUGUGGGGAAUGGCUCUGUAAGACCUGUAUAGAAGCACAUCAAAGAGUUAAAUUCACCAAGGACCACAUAAUCACAAAGAAAGAAGAUGUAUCUUCAGAAUCGGUGGGAGCUUCUGGUGCACGGCCAGUGUUCUGCCCUAUACACAAACAGGAACAACUCAAACUAUUUUGUGAAACAUGUGAUAGACUGACGUGUCGAGAUUGCCAGUUACAGGAGCACAAAGAACAUAGAUAUCAAUUUUUGGAGGAGGCAUUUCAGAAUCAAAAGGGCGCCAUUGAAAACUUACUGACCAAACUCGUGGAGAAAAAGAAUUAUGUACACUUUGCUGCUACUCAGGUCCAAAACAGGAUAAAAGAAGUCAAUGAAACUAAUAAAAGAGUGGAACAGGAAAUUAAAGUGGCUAUUUUCACUUUAAUAAAUGAAAUUAAUAAGAAGGGGAAAUCUCUGCUUCAGCAAUUGGAGAGUGUUACGAAGGAGCGUCAAAUGAAGCUGGUACAGCAACAAAAUGACAUCACAGGUCUUUCGCGGCAAGUGAAGCAUGUUUUAACCUUCACAAAUUGGGCAAUUGCAAGUGGAAGCAGCACAGCCUUACUAUACAGCAAACGCCUGAUUACUUUUCAGUUGCGUCACAUCUUAAAGGCACGAUGCGACCCAGUCCCAGCUGCAAAUGGAGCAAUUAGGUUUCAUUGUGAUCCAACCUUCUGGGCAAAGAAUGUAGUCAAUUUAGGUAACCUUGUUGUUGAAAAUAAGCCAACGACUGGUUAUACUCCUAAUGUAGUUGUUGGUCAAGUUCCUCAGGGAACCAACCAUGUAAAUAAAGCUCCGGCACAAAUUAACCUAGCACAACUCAGACUCCAGCAUAUGCAGCAGCAGCAGCAGCAGCAGCAGCAGCAGCAGCAGCAGGCGUAUGCACAGAAACACCAGCAGCUCCAACAGAUGAGAAUGGCUCAACCACCUGGCCAACACCAAAGGCCAUCUGCCCCUCAAGUGAUGCAUCAGCAGCCCCCAAGGUUAAUCAGCAUGCAGGCAAUGCAAAGAAACAACAUGAACUGCUUACCCUUCCAAGCACAUCAAAUGAGGAUGGCACAGAAUGCUGCCCAGAAUGCUGCCCGUAUGCCAGGCAUCACACGUCACAAUGGACCUCAGUACUCCAUGAUGCAGCCUCACCUCCAAAGACAACAGCAUUCUAACCCAGGGCAUGCUGGGCCUUUUCCAGUUGUCUCCAUCCACAACAAUACAAUAAACCCAACAAGCCCUACUACAGCGACUAUGGCAAAUGCAAACCGUGGUCCAACCAGUCCAUCUGUUACAUCAAUAGAACUUAUUCCAUCUGUAACAAACCCAGAGAAUCUUCCCUCUCUUCCUGACAUCCCACCCAUCCAGCUGGAAGAUGCUGGAUCCAGUAGUUUAGACAAUUUACUAAGUAGAUAUAUAUCAGUUGGACAUCAGCUCCCACAACCAACAAGCACUAUGAACCCAUCCCCAGGACCCUCUUCCAUGUCACCUGGGUCAACAGGUAUGGCCAAUUCUCAUACACCGGUGAGACCACCUAGUACAUCAAGCACAGGGAGUAGAGGAAGCUGCGGUUCAAGCGGCAGAGCUAUUGACAGAAAUGCUGCCUUUAAGUCAGACCCAGUAAAAGUUAAGCAGGAACCAGGAACGGAAGAGGAAGUAUGUAGUUUCUCAGGGACUGUUAAACAAGAAAAGUCUGAAGAUGGACGGCGAAGUGCAUGCAUGCUGAGCAGCCCAGAAAGCAGCCUGACUCCACCACUCACAACCAACAUACAUCUCGAAAGUGAUCUGGAAGCCUUGGCAUCUCUGGAAAACCAUGUUAAAACAGAGCCAAAUAGUACAAACAGGAGCUGUGAGCAGUCCUCCCACAAUAGCCUUUUGAAUGGAAAAUCACAAGUCCGUAGUUCACUGCAUCGGUCACCGAGAGGUGGAGGGGGAGGUGAAGGGACAAAUAAAGAUGAUGAUCCAAAUGAAGACUGGUGUGCAGUGUGCCAAAAUGGAGGAGAUCUUUUAUGUUGUGAAAAGUGCCCAAAAGUCUUUCACCUGACUUGUCAUGUACCAACACUCCUUAGCUUUCCCAGUGGUGAAUGGAUCUGUACGUUCUGCAGAGACUUGAACAAGCCAGAAGUCGAAUAUGAUUGUGAUAAUUCUCAACACAGUAAGAAAGGGAAGACUGUUCAAGGUUUAAAUCCUGUGGACCAAAUGAAAUGUGAACGGCUUCUCCUAUAUCUCUACUGUCAUGAGCUGAGCAUAGAAUUUCAAGAACCAGUACCAGCCUCGAUACCAAACUACUACAAAAUUAUAAAGAAACCAAUGGAUCUAUCUACAGUUAAAAAGAAGCUACAGAAGAAGCACUCGCAACACUACCAAACACCUGAAGACUUUGUGGCAGAUGUCAGGCUAAUAUUUAAGAACUGUGAACGGUUCAAUGAAAUGAUGAAAGUUGUUCAAGUUUAUGCAGAAACACAAGAAAUUAAUCUGCAGAAUGACUCUGAAGUGGCGCAAGCAGGAAAGGCUGUUGCUUUAUACUUUGAGGAUAAACUCCCAGAGAUCUACCCUGACAGAACCUUCCAACCUUUGCCAGAGUUUGAACCGGAGGACGAUGACGGGGAAAUAACAGAAGAUUCAGAUGAAGAUUUUGUACAGCCACGCAAGAAACGUCUAAAGUCAGAGGAAAGACCCGUGCAUAUAAAAUAAUCUGGAGACAUGGAACUUUAAAAAAAAAAAUGUUGUGUAUGGGGAAAAAAAAGAAAAUACAUUUAACAAAAAAGUAAACUAACUUAAGUGUUCCUGGAAUAUCAUUAUGCCUACACUAGCCACCUUCAUGGAGAAGCUGGCAGCUUUUAGACAGUAUUAGACCAACAAAUGUUUGUACAGAAAAAAAUGAACAUUCUUUUAAAUGAGAAAUGGAGGAAACUUACUGUCACUUUUAGUUGUUCCCUUUUUUGUGGGGGAUUUUUCUUUUAUUUUUGACUUGAAGGGCUCUGGCCCUGGGAAAGAGUCUACACUUCUUCUCAGUUUUUGUUUGGAUUUUUUUCUUAUUUUGUGAAUGUUAAGGACAUCAUCUUUGGUUUGAUAUCCUCAAGAGUUCUUUGUACAGAUAUCCAAGUGAAAUCAGUGAUUGUGUUGCUUGUUAAUCUAUUUCUUUCAAUGAAGAUUGGACCAGUACAUGCGGUUUACUGUAAUAUUUUAUCCUCUCCCCAGCAUUGGACUGCUUUGUAGCUUGAACAUAAAAUUACAUGGUACAGGUUUAAGUGUGCAUUUUUGAAUGAUGGUUCUUUUCUUUUCCCCAAAAUCAUUCUUCAUUUCCAAAAGCAAUGUAUAUAUUUUUUUUUAUUUUCCACACUUGGCUUUUCUUAAAUGGUUAUUUGAGUGGGUUAUCCUUCAAGGUUCCGAUAUAGAUAUAUAUUUUGUGAAGGAAACUGUUUAUCUUGGUCACAAGAACAUUUACUCUUUUGCUAUGUAUAUAUGAGGAAGCUUUUAAGUGUCCGUAAAAUCAUAUUCCAUUAUUUUCAGGCAACAGACUGUCAAACUUGCUGUUGUCUUGCAUCUGAGAUGAGGAAAAAUAAAUGAAAUUACUGGUUUAAAUAUUGUUGAUUUUUAUCCUAUUUUAUGCCAGUGGAGUGUUUAAAAUUGUUAACUUUAUUGUUAGUGCACCGAGGGACUUACAUGGUCUCUCCAGUCUUCCUUACCCUUUUUUUAAUUAGUUUUAUCAAAUGUAUAAUUAUUUUGCUAUUCUCACUGUGUCUUAUUUGUACAUAGAUUCCAACUGCCUAAAGGCAGCAGCAUUUCCUGAAUUGUUUUUAAGCAAGUGUGUAUUGUUACAGAUGUUUUUGGUGGGGAUUUCUUGUUGCAACCAUUGCAAAAACUUCUGAAACCACUUAAUAGUGAACUGUCUGCUAGAAGAAAUCCAAUAAACCCAUUCAUCGUUUUAAUGAAA